AUGACGACAUUCGAGUUUUUUGAAGGAUCACAGUCACCCGUUGUCCACCGGUCUACGCGAGAGCCUCACCUGCAACCGUCUGCCGGAUAUCAACACGGAUGGUACGAUAGUGGAACAGCGAGUAGCCAGGCUACCAGCACUCAGGCAAUCUUGACCUAUCCGGAAGGCAUCCAGAUAAUUUCUUCUCGGGUCCCAUCGUCAGCUCCGACUAGAGCAAGCCUUUCAGAGUAUCCCGUCGUUCAGUCGGAACAGCAUUUCGUCAUGGGCAGGUCGAAGAAUCUUCCACCGGUAUUCCAUCCUGAAGUGUUGCACGCUACUCUUUCUCCGUCAACUGCACCCACCCCUCCAACGAAAGCGAAACCCGUCGAAGCCCCAGUAUCUCGACCUCCCGAAUCCCGCUUGGUGUCAGACCUUCCGAAGAAACAAUUGCAGGAUCCACAACCCACUGUCAGGAAUCCACAUCCGACAAGCAUCUACCACCGAGACGGCGGUGUCCAGAUUCUGGUCUCCAGUGAUCCUCCUCUUCCGGUCAGAGAAUACCCCCCUGAAUAUGGUGAAGCGGUCUGGAACCCGCAAACCCGUUUCGACACUAUAUAA